AUGUACACGUCACUGAACCGGAAGUACCCUGAUCUCCUACGCAAGUGGCAUGAGAAGUCGCUGCAGGGGUUCAUGCGGGUCGCCCCGGCCGGCAAAGGCAAUAGUGCCAGACGCCCCGGCACCACGUGUAGCAGCCAAACAAAAGCAGAAGAAGAGAAAGAGCAAACAAUGGCGGAAGUCACGUCGUAUAGCAACAGCGAAUGGGAGGCCUUCCCGCCGUAUGUGGACCCGACAGAAGAACAAGAGGUGUGUUUGGACCCCAUUCGGGCACUGAAGAUUCCACGCUCGCGGUUUCACACAGUGAAGGAGCUCACGCUGUGCUGCAAAGGCAUCACGCGGCUGCACAGCAAUGUACAGUUAUUAAAAAACCUUGACACACUUAUCAUACGCCAUAACCGGCUGCGACAGAUCGCCUUCUUGAUUCCCCCUCGAAAUUCCCGUGGUGCCGUUUCCUCCUCUGGAGCGCAGGAGGAGAGUAAUGUGGCUGGCACGGCGUACAGCGCAUCCCGCGGCUGUCGCCUCCUGCGACGCCUCUACGCCUCUUACAACUGCCUGCAGACGCUUGACGGGGAUGUGAGCCAACUGCGACAACUCGAGGUGUUGUUUCUCGCACACAAUCGCCUCAGCGACCUCAGCGCCGUCUCUGCCCAACUAAAGCCACUUCGGUGUCUUCGCGAGCUAGACCUGCGUGGGAACCCGCUCUGUGAUGAAGUGGGAUACCGCCUCUUUUUGAUUUACGAGCAUCCCCACCUCGAGGUGCUGGACCGUCGCGUGGUGCGAGACGAGGAACGCAAGGAGGCGGCAACGUACUUCGCGGCACGCGCCACAAGCACGUAUCGUCAGACGUCUCUGGAACGCAGUGGCGCGGUUAACGCAGUGGCACCGGCGGAACCCGUGGCACGGUUGCCGCAGGUGACAUCGACGGUGCAAUUCUCUGUGGAGAAGAGAGACGAGGAGGGUGGGAAUGCGGCGGACCCCGCAGCGAGGAGCACACGGAAAGCGAGCUUUCCGCCACUAUGCCAACAGUUGUCGUCCACACCAUCACCGCGGACGCAGGCGAAUGUGACCGGUGUUGGUGGGAAACAGCUGAGGGGAGAGAGGGGAAAAAGUACGGUAGCAUUUCUUCGCACGUAUGUGCCAACCGGAGACACCGCGGAGGACGCCGCACUUCGUCGGACUCUGUUUCAGCCCUCCGCAUGUGAGCGCCUUCUUGAGGAGAGGGUGCGGCGCGACAACGAGGUGAAGAGGCAACGGCCGCAAAGAGAGGCACGGGCACGCGCUAUGGCGCAGCGAGAAUUACAAAGUAAAUAUGAAGCGUUUCACGCGACGUGGGCUCUCUCCCGCCAGGGCAUGCCGUUUUCUGCGGAUAAGUGCGAGCCACUCCUCAAGGCAAUGGAAGCCCUGCAGAAGACAAAUUUGACGGAGGCACCACCUGUCACACAGCGUCUCGAGUCUGUACGUCCUCGGUCGUAUCUUGCGCGUCAACAGGCGACUGAACAGACGGAAAAGGCGGCGCCUAACACUGUGGACGUCGCUUUAGCUAUUGACCGUGAGCAACUGCCGCAACUCCCACCAGAAACUGCAGGUCAAAGCGACCACAGUGUCAUGUAUGACGCUCUGCUGGGUCGUUUAGGAGUUGUGAAGAAGCGGAUUGGACAAAAUCACUUGUGUUUGCCAGAAACACGUCGGCUGGGGCGUAUGGACAACGUGUUGAGUCAUGUGGGGGAGUUGGUGCAGCAACCAGAGGGUGUGGUGGGGGGGAAGUCUAGACAGGCGAUGCUAAUGCGUCGUAUUCAGCAGGAAAAGGAUGCCUUGGUACCAGAGCCAUGGGAACACAUGUUAAUGCGCGGUCAAACAAUGACAAUGAAUGCCGUGGAGCAGCUGGAGUACCUUUACCUGAUGGCCAUGUCAUUUUUUCUACCAACCGAGUUUAGUGCGUUGGAGGGGCAGUUUAUGACGAACGCCGCGGAUGCCCUCCCGGUGCAGGAGCCAUCGCUCUUGAAGAAGCAGACAAAAAAAGAUAAAUCCCGGCAGACUGAAAACGCACGCGCCGUGGCAAGUGGCACAGCCUCGCUUCUUGUCACUGCAGCAGCCGCGCUACGGCAGCGGCUGCCAACAGUGUUGACAGCUACAACGGUGGAGGUUGGACCACCUGAACGGACCACGUUUGUGCGAGUGAUGAACAUGCUCGACGAUGAUAGCGGCAUUUGGAGCCUCGACCUUGACCUGGUCUCGGAGGCCUUCACCAAAGAGUACAUGAGCAAAAACAAGACGAAGUCCUCCGAUGAUCCCCAAAAAGGGGAGGAGAGACCCCCACCCAUCAGCCCUCGGCGAGCGCGACGCUCCGCUAUAAAAGGGCGCGUCAAGGGGGAGCGUCAUGGGACGUCCAAGUUCAUACCAGGCAUGGAUGAGUCACCCAGGGCCACAUCGAUGUCAUUAUUCCCCGCUGCGAUGAAGACGCUUAGCCUCAAUUUGAGCUCUAUCCUUUUGGAUAUCGUGCGCUACCUGCCGUUUGUGGAGAACCGACUUGCCUUCUUUCAGAGGAAAUGCACCGAGACUGCGUCGAAGGGUGUUGAUGGAGCUUCUGAAGAAGCCGCAAGGGAGUGGUUUGCAAAGGCGCAGAUUGCAUCUAUGCAUUAUGAGCGACUCAUGAAGGCGCUGGGAAUAGCAGGUAUGACGAAAGAGGAGUCUUUAACCCGUCUGGUGCCGCUGGAAAGUACUGCGAUGCACGAAGUGCAGGAGGUGGGCUCAUUCUUUCGAACCCGAGCAGCUUCCUCUUCGCAAACGCCGUUGACUUCUUUUGCGUAG